CCUCUCUCGAGUUUUUCCUGUACGGUGUUGCAUGCCGGUAGUAGUAGUUUCCAACUACCCCCAUUCGAUACCACGCCGCUUGGUUUCCUUGGAAAAGAAAACUACAAUUCCAAUCUGCCUUAGCCGGUUGCGCUUGCGCCGUCUGCAUGGAAGGAGGGAGGGGAAAGGCCGUUACGUCGUGGGCAACGGCCACGGUAGUGAAGAGGCAGUAAGCGGUAGUACCGGAGGUUUACGUGUUCGCUGCUGGAUUUGACUCGAGUAAUAAGAAGAGGGCGAGUUUUGUCAGGUUCUGUGCGUUCUGGUGGAAAAGCGGGGAUGAAGCUGUGAGGGAGCCUGUACCGAAAGAAGUGAAAAAAGAGACCCACCGCAGGCAGGCAAAGGAGGAGGAAGCGCGAAGCGAUGUCUCAGCCGCCUCAGCAGGAGCAGCAGCCGGUGGCAACGCUGGUCCCGAAGAAGAAGGACCGGCGUAUCUUCUCGGGCACUUGUCCUGACCCCAAGUGUCAGGCGCGCCUGUUUUUUCCGGCGCACGGGCCUCUAAGCAGCGGGAGCAUCGAGUGCACGGACUGUGGGCAGCGUCAUGAACAGCGGCAGCUGCUGGCAGUGGAGGAGGUGACUGAUCCAGACUUGGUGCUGCACAAUUUGCUGCGGAACGCAUUGCUAGGAGUAAGUGGGGCGGGGCCCCCUAGAAAGAACACCGAGCUGGUGAAAGUUAUGGGCCUGUCAAAUUAUCACUGCAAGCUGCUGUCUCCCAUUCUAGCCCGCUAUGGCAUGGAUAAACAGACGGGCAAAGCUAAACUACUAACUGAGAUGAACCAAGGAGAUGUUUUUGACUGUGCUCUUCUUGGGGACCGUGCCUUUCUUAUUGAGCCUGAGCACGUUGACACUGUAGGAUAUGGCAAAGAUCGCUCUGGUAGUCUCCUGUACUUGCAGGACACCUUGGAGGAUAUUAAGAAGGCUAAUAAUAGCCAGGAGUGCCUCAUCCCAGUCCAUGUGGAUGGUGAUGGCCAUUGUUUAGUCCAUGCAAUUUCCCGAGCACUGGUGGGUAGGGAACUCUUCUGGCAUGCUUUGCGGGAAAACCUGAAGAAGCACUUUAUGGAGAAUCUCAGCCGCUAUAAAGCCCUUUUUCAUGACUUUAUUGAUGCCGCAGAAUGGGAAGACAUAAUCAAUGAAUGUGAUCCUUUAUUUAUUCCUCCUGAGGGUGUACCAAUGGGCCUUCGAAACAUCCACAUUUUUGGACUAGCCAAUGUUUUACAUCGACCCAUCAUCCUCUUGGAUUCCUUGAGUGGAAUGCGUAGUUCAGGGGAUUAUUCUGCCACAUUCCUUCCUGGAUUGAUACCAGAAGAAAAAUGCAUGGGGAAAGAUGGCAUGCUGAACAAACCAAUCUGUAUUGCCUGGAGUAGUUCUGGGCGUAAUCAUUAUAUUCCUCUGGUUGGAAUAAAAGGUGCUGCUUUGCCUAAAUUGCCUAUGAAAUUACUUCCCAAAGCUUGGGGAGUGCCUCAAGACCUUAUUAAAAAGUAUAUCAAAUUGGAAGAUGAUGGUAGCUGUGUGAUUGGAGGAGACAGAAGUUUGCAUGACAAAUACUUGAUGAGGCUAGUUGCAGCCAUGGAGGAAGUUUUUAUGGAUAAGCAUGGCAUUCAUCCCAGUUUAGUAGCUGAUGUACAUCAGUACUUCUAUCGGCGGACUGGUGUAAUAGGAGUUCAGCCUGAAGAUGUUACAGCAGCUGCUAAAAAGGCAGUUAUGGACAACCGACUUCACAAGUGUCUCAUUUGUUGUGCUCUUUCAGAACUCCAUGUUCCUCCAGAGUGGCUAGCUCCAGGAGGGAAGCUGUAUAAUCUUGCAAAAAGUACCCAUGGUCAGUUAAGACCUGAUAAAAAUUACAGUUUUCCUCUGAACAGUUUGGUAUGUUCCUAUAAUCCUGUAAAGGAUGUACUAGUACCAGACUACAGUUUGAGUAGUCUGACUGCCUGUAACUGGUGUCAUGGCACAUUGGUGCGUCGUGUGAGAAGUGAUGGUUCUGUUGUAUAUUUGGAUGGGGACAGAACUAAUACUAGAUCAACAGGUGGCAAAUGUGGUUGUGGAUUCAAACAUUAUUGGGAAGGUAAAGAAUAUGACAAUCUUCCUGAAGCUUUCCCUAUUACUUUAGAGUGGGGUGGGAGAGUGGUAAGGGAGACAGUGUAUUGGUUCCAGUAUGAAAGUGAUCCAUCUCUGAAUAGCAAUGUAUAUGAUGUUGCAAUGAAGCUCGUUACUAAGCACUUUCCUGGAGAAUUUGGUAGUGAGAUUCUUGUCCAGAAAGUUGUGAAUACAAUUUUACAUCAAACAGCCAAAAAGAACCCUGAUGAUUACACUCCUGUAAACAUUGAUAGUGCUCAUGCCCGAAGAGCUGAUGAUAUGCAACAAGGACAAGAUUUGGCCUCUCAGCUUCCAACCAAAAUUAUUCUUACUGGGCAGAAAACAAAAACACUGCACAAAGAAGAAUUGAAUAUGAGUAAAACUGAAAGAACUAUUCAACAAAACAUUGCAGAACAGGCACCUAUAAUGCAAAAACGAAAAACUGAAAAAUGGAAGCAAGUACAAAAAGGGCCAGUUAGAACUGUGUCUCCUGGUACCAUUCCUGAUGGGUCAUCCUCUGCACCUGCUACUCCCACCAAGACUCCUUAUUCUCCAAUAUCUACGAAAGAAAAGAAAAUUCGCAUAACAACAAACGAUGGGCGACAGACCAUGCUCACUUUGAAAUCCACUACAACAUUUCUAGAAUUGCAAGAAAGCAUAGCUAGAGAAUUUAAUAUUCCUCCACAUUUGCAAUGUAUUCGUUUUGGCUUUCCUCCCAAGGAGCUACUGCCACCUAAGGAAGGGCAAGAAAAUGAACCUGUUCCUCUGCUACAUGGAGAUAGAAUAACUAUAGAGAUUCUUAAAGGGAAGGAAGAUAGUCACCAGGCUAGUUCAGUACACUCGGCUCAUGUCGUGAAGCAUGAUGAUAUUGCUGUUACUAGCAGAAUUUCUUCCAAGGAACUUCAAGAGCAGAUAGACAAGGAAAUGUACUCUUUGUGUCUUCUUGCAACAUUUAUGGGGGAAGAUGUUUGGUCUUAUGCAAAGGGGCUUCCUCAUUUGUUCCAGCAGGGUGGCGUAUUCUACAAUAUAAUGAAGAAAACAAUGGGUCUGGCUGAUGGUGAACACUGUACUUUUCCACACUUGCCUGGCAAGACCUUUGUAUACAAUGCAACAGAAGAUAGAUUGGAACUUUGUGUGGAUGCUGCUGGGCAUUUCCCAGUAGGUUCUGAUGUGGAAGACUUGGUUAAAGAGGCACUAAAUCAAGUACGAGCAGAAGCUUCUUCAAGAAGCAGGGAAGCAAGUCCUUCACAUGGAUUGCUAAAAUUAGGUAGUGGUGGAGUAGUUAAAAAGAAAUCAGAGCAACUCCACAAUGUAACUGCAUUUCAAGGAAAAGGCCAUUCUUUAGGCAGUGGAGCCAGUAGCCAGCAGCUUCAUCCAAAAGUUAGGGAAGUUCCACUUGGAAGAAAACAAAACACAGGUACAGAUUUUAGUACCAAUUCUGCUAAAUUGGAUCCUUCCAUGUAUACAGGUGAUUCUGGAAAUAGUGAACUUAUACGGAUAGCUCCUGGAGUAGGAACAAUGAGAGAUAGUAGACAACUUGAUCCUAAUUUAAUUGAGGCACAGCGGAAAAAAUUGCAGGAAAUGGUUUCUUCAAUUCAAGCAUCAAUGGACAGACAUCUGCGAGAUCAAAAUACAGAGCAAUUGGCAACAAACGAUUUUUCUCAAAGGAAAUUAGAGGCAACAAGUUCAUCAGUUAAAACAAAGAGCCCUCAAAUGAGUUUAACUGAAUCUUUUACUUUAUCAAGUGGCAGUGGACGUUUGAAUACAGAAAUAACUGAUAGUAACAUAUCAAAUGCUUUGGGAGCACCAUUCUCCACAAGAUCAAAAACCCAGAAAGGAAAUUCUGUUGAAGAACCUGAAGAAAUGGAUAGCCAAGAUGCAGAAAUCACUAAUAUAACUGAGCCAAUGGAUCAUUCAUGAAAAGUUUAACAGCUAUAUCAGUACAAGAGAUUACUGUGCAAAUGUAGUUUGUUGGCUGGACCACAUUAAUUUAGUCAUUGAAUCUUGUAUGUUUCAAAGAUUAUAUGUUACUCAUUGCAUGAUAGCAAGUGUGUGAUAGAUAGUAACUUUUAAUUUGACAUACUGCUGCCAGGUUAGCUCUCAGUUACCUGUACAUUAGUUAUUAGGACAAGCACUGAGAAAAAAAAAUAUCUGCUGUAGUUGUGGGUUAUUGCUCUCUCUCUUUUUUUUGUAAUUUUAAUUCCAUUUAAGUCUUAAUCCUCCAGCCCCUAUAAAAUCAUUAAGAUAUUUUUUUAGUUUGAUAUGUGAAAAUAAAACCUGACAAUGCACUGUGUUUGUCAGAUAGUGGUCCAUAUUUCAUUAAACAACAUUUGCUUAUACUUGACAUUUGAAAUUAAAUUUAUAUCUGUUAGAUAAGUCAAAAUGCUGAAGUACAUUUACUGAUAGUUCUUUAAAAUUGUUAAGGAAGAUAUGGAAGAUAGUAUAUAAGAAACAUAAAAUAAAGAUGUCUGAGCUUUUCCUUGCUUUAUUGGCAAGCAAUAGUAUGUUUGUUUUCAGUUGGUAAAGUACUAUAGUAUGUUUUUACAUGGCAAAGACAAUAAAAUGCAAGCAUUUAAGAACAGAAUAAUAAGAAUUUGAUUUGAUUCAGGAACAUUUUACAAGUAGGCAUUGGUUAUCUGUGUUCCCUAUUAAUGCUUCUUAUGUUGGAUUAAUCAACAUUCAUCAGAGGUUUUUCAGUGAACUAAUAAAGCUCCUUUUAAAUUCCUUACACCUAGGACAUACUUAAAACUUUUAUUGUAAUACACCACUUUAAUUAAAUUGGAUCCACUUUAAGCAGCAUGUUCAUCAGAUCUAAUUUUUAAGAGACAUUGUUUGCUCCAAUAAAAGCAGAUGUUUAUAUUGAUACUAAUAUUGCACUUUUUGCCUCUUCACAUAUUUCUAUUUAUGUGCAUUAUUACUACUACAUCUGAUAAAAAUAAACUUGAAAGAGUGAAAGACUAUAGAAAAAUAUAGGAAAUAAAUCUUAGGUUCAUAGUUAUUGAAUCCAAUGCUUAGGCACAUAUGACUUUUUCUGUCUAUAAAUACGUUUAUGAUAUAAAUAUUUGUACUCUUAAAGUAUGUUUAAACUUUUUGCAAUUACAAUCACACAAAAUUACUAAGGAAUGCUAUGAUUAAAUACCCCCCAAAGGGGAGGUAUUAGUUUUUAUGUGGGAAAGUUAUUUAGAGAUACAGUUGCCUCAGUUCAUUUGAAUAUCUUAUCCAUUCACAUACCAUUUGUCUUUUUUCCUAAGAGGGAAUCCAGAUUUUAUCUUCUAUUACACUAUUUGUAUAUAAAGCCUUCAAACCACACUUUCACAAAUGAGUAAUUUUAAAUAUAUAAUUUUUCUCUUUAAGAAGUAAAGUAUGUCAGUAUACAGUUUUAAAACUGAUCCAGGCCAUACAGAAUAAGAUUCCUGCAUAAUCAGAAAACUACUAUAAACUGCUAGCAAAUACACAACCAAGUGGACAUGACACCAAGAGACCAGUUGUGCAUUCAUAAGGGAUUCAUAGGGUGAGAAGUAUUUCUGACACAAGUUAAAUCCAUAAUGAAUUUCAAAACUAGCAUGUAACAGAGUAUAAACUGGCUGAUAUGAUAAAAAAGCAGCAGUGCUUUUUCUGAGCAACGGGACAUCAACACUGGAUAUCUUCAAAAACAAAAUCUGGCUUCUGUCACAUAAUGCUUGGAAUUAUGGUGCUAGAGCUGUUGUGAAAAAAAUACUUUGGCAAUGUUAACAUUUUCUUAGGUCUUACAUUUCUAGGACUGGAUAAAACAAUGGCAAUUUUUAAUUGAUUUGAAUGUAAAUUGUUAAAAUAGUUUUGAUAGUUUGGUGACUUUUUUGGUAAUGAAGAGAUGGAGUAAUGAUUCUAGGGAAUAAAUAUGAUCAGUAUCACUUACUGAAAAUUCAUAUGAAUAGGAUAAAUUGUGAAGCUGGAGAGGCACAAGUGGCUUUUUAAUUUUAAUAUGAUUGGUAUGACUUAAGAGUUAAGUAUUCUUUCUUUAGAAACUUUUCUUUAGGGAAUACUCUUAAUUUUUUUUCUAGACAAAGAAUACAUUCUACAUGUUUGUAUCUUUUCCUUCAUGUGACAAUAAUUUUUUGAAAUGCCCAGUUUAAAAAAAAUUAACUAUUAAAGACUUAGGAGCUAUGUGAAUUUUUCUGCUGCAUCUGUAAAUGCUUGGUAAACAUUACAUAUUAAGGUUUAAUAUUACAAUGUGUACACAAAGUGUAGCUGAUCCCUAUCAAAGUUAAUGAGACUGAGGUGCACAAAUAUAUGCUCAAAACCAUUGACUGUAAUAGCAUCUUGUUGCAGCUAAACUGCUGAUUUUCAGUAAGCGUAAGUUCAUAUAACUUGCUGUAGUGUUGCCUGUUUCAUGAUUUAAUCAAAUAUGAAAAUAAUUAAUGGAGAAAAAUGUUGGAUCUGGCAAAAGAAAUAGUAAUGAUGUCUGAACUGAAUUUCCUUAAGAAAUAAGUAGCAUAGCUAUAUCUGUAUCACAGUUUUCUUGAAGGGAAUGAUAUCCAGUUUGAUAACUGGAAGAUCAUGAUUUUUUGAAGUCAGACUACCGUUCUUUUCAGGUUAAACAAAUUUGUUAUUAAAUAGCAAAACCAUUUUCUCUGUAAAUAAUAAUAUAAAUAUUAGUAUAAUAGAAGCUUGGCAGUAUUCAGUGUACUGGUUUACUAAGAGAAUAACCUCUGUGUUACCAGAGGGAAAAAUGCAAAUAAAAAUAAAAUGCAUUUUAGAAAUUGUUGGCAUUAAAGCAUUUUGCAGGUUUUAAUUUAAAUGUAAAUGUAUUUUAUGAUACAUUAUAUCCCCUUACUACAUUUCUGUAUUUGUUGAAAACUAAACAUAGACCAUGUGCAAUUAAAAUAACAUCCUAUGUGCUGGACUAUAUCUUACUUCUUUAACUUCUGAAGAUUUAUAUCUCAUUAUUUACAAGAUAAAAAAAGUAACAAAGAUUCCGAUUUAAAAAAAAUACAAAAUAUUUCUUAUGUUCUAUUUUUCUUCUGAAACUUUAAAAAAAUCUAGUCAGCUGAAAAUAAUAGUAUGUUAUAGGAAAUAUGAUAUAGGAUUUCCUGAGUUAUGCUUUCUGUUCAUUGUUUUAAUAAAGAACACAAGAGCAUUGCUAUACUUUUGUUCUAAUAAUGCUAUAUGGAAAAUGUAGCUUUGAAGAUCAAAGUGACCAUUUUUUCCCAUCAGAAAAUUUAAUUAUGAUACAAUAGUCUAGCAAAGUAUUUUGAUGAUUGUUCCAUCAUAUCCAUAUUCAGCUCAGCAUACAACACAUAAGAGCUCAAUCUAUACUGGUUUUUCUUUUAGAUAAUUUUGAUAUGCUGGUUGUUGGAACUUCAUCAGUAGCCUGAUAGGUGGAGUUGUGUAUUCAACAAUAUUUUUUCCAAUAAUUUUAUUAAUAUCUCAUAGUCUUUUACAUUUUAAGGUGCUGCAUUUAAAAUUCUUUAAGUCAGAAUUCCUGCUUUGCCUGUGAUUGUAGCAAAAGAUUGAACUGUAACUGAUAUUUUUAGAUUUUAUUUUAUUGAAGAUUAUUGCCAGAAAAGAGUGCACUUUUGGAAAUAAUUGGAUUUCUAAAAAAUGUAUAUUAAGCAUCAGCACUGUAUAUAUUUAGGAUAUCUUUUAAAAUGGCAAGUGCUUUACAUAUUGAAUUAAACUAGAGUAGUAAUGAUACCAUGUUCACAAUGCUGGCCAUUCAGCACAUUUGAAUUUUAUUUGUGAUUGCUGUACUGAUUUUUUUUAAUUUGUAAUGUAAUAAUAGUGUAUUAUAACAGUGUAUUAUAUUACAUUUUACUGUACAGUAUUUUGAAUUUCCUUUGAUUGCAAUAUUAAAAAUCUAAGCCAAA